GCUUCUUUCAUCUCUCUAGCCCUCUGGACUUUUUUUUCUCCCCUCUGGAACGAUGGACAACACUGGCACGAUGAUCUCCACAUAAGUCUGCACUCUCUCCCUCUCUCCCUCUCUCUCUCUCUCUCUCUCCUCCUCUUCCUUCCUCCUCCUCUGUUGCCGGUGCUGUUCGUGGCUUAGUGCGCGUCUGGACACGGUUGAGGAUGCGAGGGAUAUACGACACGGGAAUAUAUGACAAGUGGAGGGAAUGUGCGGAAUCUCCCUUUUCAGCCCAGUUAAAGAUGUAGUUGUUGUAACGCGUGCACGGGCUCGGGACCAUUGCUCUCCACGUAGGAUCCCUGUUUAGUCGGAGCAAGUGCUUGCAAGCUGGCGGAUAUCUUUCCAACCGCGGACUGUACGCGCUCCGGUGCCGAGAAGGUUUUCGUGCCGAAAUGACUGAAAUGUCUCAAAGUCAGUGUGCUGCCUUGGUUGGUGAAGACCAGCCCCUCUGCCCAGACUUACCUGAACUUGACCUCUCAGAGCUGGAUGUCAGUGACUUAGACGCAGACAGUUUCCUGGGCGGCCUCAAAUGGUACAGUGACCAAUCAGAGAUCAUUUCUGCUCAGUAUGGGAACGAAGCGUCCAAUCUUUUUGAGAAGAUAGAUGAAGAAAAUGAGGCCAACUUGCUGGCAGUGCUUACAGAGACCCUGGACAGCAUCCCGGUGGAUGAGGACGGAUUGCCUUCGUUUGAGGCCCUGGCAGAUGGGGACGUGACCAAUGCCAGUGACCAGAGCUGUCCCUCCUCUCCCGACGGCUCACCGCGCACCCCAGAGCCCGAGGAGCCUUCCCUGCUGAAGAAACUCCUUCUGGCACCCGCAAACUCCCAGCUCAGCUAUAAUCAAUACACAGGUGGCAAGGCACAGAACCAUGCAGCCAGCAGCAACCACCGGAUCAGACCACCACCUGCCGUCGUCAAGACGGAGAGCCCCUGGAACGGCAAAGCAAGAGGGGGCUCCAGCCAACAGAACCGCCCGGUGAGGCGGCCCUGCACCGAGCUGCUGAAAUACCUAACCGCCACCGAUGACAUCCUCCUCCACGCCAAAGCCAGCGAAGCCAAGAGCGCCUGGGGGGGUGCUAGUAGCAGGGACAAGAGUGGCAUGGGUCUCGGUGCCUCUUCUUCCUCCUCUUCACCGUCCUCGUCAUCCACCUCCUCGUUCUCCUCCCUCUCCUCCACCUCUUCCUCCUCUUCCUCUACCACCUCCAAGAAGAAGCCGGCUGUGCCGUCUCAUCAACAGCAGCAGCAGCAGCCGCCACAGCAGCAUCACCAGCGAGGUGAGAGCCGGGCUGGAGGCGAGUGUAGUAUGGCUGGUCUUGGGGCUGGGAAGUGGCAGCGUUGCGCUCACGAUGACGGGUUUGAGGAGUCGGAGGGUGCUACUAUCCCUGUUGGCCACAGAAGCUCCGCCUGCGGCCAUGCCCGCCCCAAACUGGAGCACAGGCCGCCCAGUGAAGAAGGAAGGCCGCCAGGCGAUGCGGGCCGCCUGGCCGCCGCUAGGUUUAUUAGUGACUACAAGGGAUCACCGUUUGAGAACAAAACCACUGAACGCACAUUAAGUGUGGAGAUUGCUGGAACCCCAGGUUUGACACCACCUACCACGCCCCCACACAAAGCCAGUCAAGAGAAUCCUUUCAAAGCAUCUCUCAAAACCAAGUUGUCUUCAUGUUCCUCCUCGGCCUUGGCAUGCAAAAGAGCCAGGCUGAGUGAGUUGGGCCCCGGCGCUCUGGCCCCGGCCCCAGGUGCCUCAGGCAGGGGCCCCACCAGGAAGGGUCCUGAACAGACUGAGCUUUACGCCCAACUGAGCAAAGCAACCACCACCCUCCCUUACUCCGUCACUCAACACGCAGUGGGGGGCGGCCUUGAGGAGUAUCGCAGCACCGGCAACACUAAGCGGGCAACGCCCCGUAACUACAGCGACCAUGACUAUUGCCAGGCAACAGCUGGUAAUAAGAAGGAUGGGGGCUCAGCCACUGUUACCACAACCACAGCUGUGAAAAUGACAUUCACCUCAGGUGCCACUGAUGCUCCAGUGCCUGCUGAAGGCAAAGUGGAGAGCAGGCAUGUGGAAUUUAAGGAUUCAGCCAUGCCACCGUCAUCUUCAUCAUUUCCUCCAUCAUCAGCUUCACCUGGUUUUUUGGCUAAACAGCAGAAUUUUGGGUCUGUGGAUGGAGAGGCGGGCCAGGUUCGGGGGUUAGGGGAGCACGCCCUCAGACAAACCGCUCAGAUCCCCUCACAAGAGGCCACUAUUGACAGGGACCAACACAAUCUUUGCGCCACCAGCCGAAAGCUCCUGUGCGACCAGGAAAUCCGAGCAGAACUUAACAAGCACUUUGGCUACCCUUUGCAAGCCCUCUACAGCCCGGGUAGCCAGGAGAAAGAAUCAAGCAGCAAAACGAACAAUGCUACAGCUCCUCAGUCCCUCGAGGGGGGAGAGAAUGACUGCUACCCCCAGAGGCUGCCUGCCUCCAGCUACCUUCACCCGGGGUUUCUGGCCUUUCACGACGAACUAGAGCUGGACGAGAGCCGUGAAAGUCGAUUCCUCUUUCCAUGGGAGGGCACCCCUCUGGAUCUACUCUUUGACUGUGCCCCCUGCUCUCCCUCUUCUUCCCCACCAUCCAGCUGCUCCCCUUCACGAGGCUCUGUCUCUCCACCUUCCUCCCUGCUCCUGUCACCCAGCAGACCUUCCGGCUGGGCCGGCAGCGGGUCCCGCUCUCGUUCCCGUUCCCAGUCUGGGUCCCGCAGCUCCUCUUCACGAUACCGCAGGCGCUCUCUCUCCAGCUCACCCGACAGACGCCCGUCCUCCUGGUCUCGUCACAGCACAGAUUUGAAUGCUUUUCGUUCCAGGAAUCACAAGAGCCCCCACCCCCAGCCUCGAUCUCCUCUGAGCCGCAGGCCAAGGUAUGACAGCUACGAGGAGUACCAGCACGAGAGGCUGAAGAGGGAGGAGUACCGCCGGGACUACGAGAAGCAGGAGUUCGAGAGGGCCGAGCAGCGAGAGAGACAAAGGCAGAAAGCUAUUGAGGAGAGACGAGUGGUGUACGUGGGGCGACUGAGGUCCGACUGCACCCGGACGGAGCUGAAGCGUCGCUUUGAACUCUUCGGUGAAAUAGAGGAAUGCGCAGUGAAUUUGAGGGACGAUGGGGACAAUUUUGGCUUCAUCACGUACCGCUACACUUGUGACGCCUUUGCCGCCCUUGAGAAUGGACACACCUUACGCAGGUCAAACGAGCCCCAGUUCGAGCUGUGCUUCGGCGGACAAAAGCAGUUCUGCAAAUCACAUUACACAGACUUGGACUCCCAUUCAGACGACUUCGAUCCAGCCUCCACAAAAAGCAAGUACGACUCCAUGGAUUUUGACAGUUUGCUGAGGGAGGCCCAGCACAGCCUGAGAAGGUAACCUGUUCAGUGGCACCUGCUGUCUGUCACAAAGAGGGACUUCUGAUACCUCACGGUGGUUUCUCGCUCCUUUGAUGACGAGACUACCAGAAGUUUUACACUCUGUCAAAGAGUAUAUAAGAAUAAGUCUAUAGACCUAUAUCAAUAUAAAUGAAUAUAUCAAAAAUAAAGUUUACAUGAACAUAGCUGCUGAAGAGCUGGGAAGAGACAUUGCGUUCUGGGAAGCCAGUGAACCCUCAGAAUCUGCACGGGUUUGGUGCACUCUACUGCUGAAAGAAGAAAAAGAACUUUAUUUUUUCUUUCUUUCUUUUUUGGUUUUCUUUCUUUUUUUGUUUUUUUGUUGUUGUUGUUGUUGCUCCAAGCACUACAAUACCCACAAUUCUUUUGGGGUGAGGAAGUGAAAACACGCAGCUUGUUUGGCCAGAUUUAUUUUUUUCUUGUUGUUGUUGUUGACCUUUUUUUUUUGUUUUCUUCUUUGUUUGUUUAUUCUUUCCUUUUUUUUUUUUCCCUUUUCAAUCUGGUGUUUGGAUCCGGUGUUACAUCGCAAACAAAGAGUUUGGUGAAAUUCUCAAGGUAACAUCAUUGUCUACAUUUAACGGAGAAUUGUAGCUGUGUAUUUACAAAUACUAUAAAAAAAAAAGGAAUAUUUUUAUUUUAUGUAAAUAUCAAAGUUCUUUAUUUGUUACAGCUAUGCACUGUAAAACGCAGCCUUUUUUAAAAAUGCGGAGAACAUUUCUUAAUUCAGAAUGUCGAUCUGUAGUGAUUACAAUACUGUAAAAACAUUAUUGUACACCUACAUGAUGUGUAGAAGACAUGACAUGAUUGUAGAAAAAAACAGAAGAAGAAGAAGAAAAAAAAAGAUGUGUCCGAAUGCUCAGUUUUGGGA